AUGAAAUUUCAGCAACUUGGCACUCCCUAUGGGGAGCAGGAACUGUGGGAUUCUGUCCGCAAGGCCAUGAUGGACGUGGCCGACUGGCGGAAGCAGCUCAUUACAGGGACUCUCACGUCAGACCAAAUAAUGCAACUUAAGUUGAAAAUCACUCAGAAAAUUGACUGGGGAAAUCGGAAGCUGGGGCUGGACCUGGUACCGCGGGUGGAGGGGGAGAUGGUGGACCCUGAUGCUGUGAGUGUGGUGGAGCUGCAUCGAGUGCACGCUCUGAGUUCAGAGGCUUCCCAGUCACAUUCUCAGGGGCUUGGUACUCUGGCUAAGAGGAAGGAGAAGAGGAAGGUGCUGAGCCAUCACUUGUUCUUCUGUAUGCGGGACUUUUCGUACCAUUUAGGAGAAGAUGCGGAAGUGUAUUUUUCACUGUAUGAUUCACAGAAACAGAAGUUUAUUAGUGAAAGAUUUCUAGUCAAACUAUCAAAGGAAGGAUUUUCUAAUUAUGUAGAAAAAAUUCAUUCUAACUGCACCAUAUUUACAGACCUGGGAAGUGGUGAUCUGGUGUCUGAUCUGUAUAUUGUUGCCCAUGUUGUGAGAGUUGGAAGGAUGCUCUUCUCAGAGUCAGUAAAGAAGAAUUCUUCGCAUAAUUACCGAAGACCAUAUGGAGUAGCUGUGUUCAGAUUAGUUCAAACAGUGUUGCAAGGAGGAGAUGGAGAGGUUGAAGUAACAGGGAAGCUCUUUACAUCUGAUGAGAAGGACUUCUGGCAACUCCAUGAAUUUAUUAUAAAGAAGCAAACUAAUAAGUGUAAUAUAUUGUCCAAUAAUGUUAGCUAUGGGCUGGUGGUAAGUGUCAAGAUGGUGCAUGGAGAGCUGGAGCAAGCAACUAAAGAGAAUCCCCUUUUGCUCAAGAAUGUCUGUGUUACUAAAAAACUUGGAUUUUCUGAUGUCAUAAUGCCUGGUGAUGUCAGAAAUGACUUGUAUGUAACAUUGAACAAUGGGGAAUUUGAGAGAGGGGGUAAAUCUGUUGGGAAGAACAUUGAGGUGUUGGUGUUGGCCUUGGAUGCUGAUGGACACCCACUACAGUGCAUAUACAGUGGUAUGGGCCAUGAAGGGACCACAGAGCACUCUUCCAUGAUCAUGUACCAUAACAAUUCUCCGCGAUGGAUGGAACGUUUAAAAGUAGCUAUUCCUAUAGACCAGUUUGCAGGAGCUCACCUCAGAUUAGAAUACAGCCAUUGCUCAACUCGUGAAAAAAAUGAGAAGAAGUUUUUUGGAUUCUCAUUUAUACGUCUGAUGGAUGAUGAGGGUGGGACAACCCUACGUGAUGGCUCCCAUGAGCUGUGUGUGUACAAGUGUGAUGAGCGGUCCCGUCUGGCCGACCCCAUGGAGUAUCUCACCAUGCCCUACCUGUCCAAGGCAGCUGCAGACUGUGUCUAUUCCCUACCUUUUCAGAGAUCUCCAAAAGAAAUAAUUGUUGUAGAUACUCUUCUCUGCUCAACCAAACUUACACAAAAUGUUGAUCUUUUGUCUUUGUUGCGAUGGCGAUCAGCUCCAGAGGGCAUUGGUGAGACUCUCUCCAGGUUGACGCGGGUUGAUGGUGCCGAGACAGUAAAGUUCCUACAAGAUGUGCUUGAUGCACUGUUUGCGAUGUUCUCAACUGAUGAUGGGAAUUCAACCCAACAUUCAGGCCAUGUCUUCCAGGCCAUGGUCUUUAUAUUUAGUCUUCUAGAAGACAGUAAGUUUGAACACUUCAAGCCUGUUAUGGAUGCCUAUAUCACAGGACACUUUGCAGCUGCUCUUGUUUACAAGGGUCUCAUCAGCUGUGUGAGGCAUUUAUCAGACCUCUGCCCUCAGACAGAAAAACAAGAACCAAUCAUGAGAUGUUUUCGUUCCCUUGAAUAUAUCUUUAAAUUCAUCAUCCAGUCAAGAUUACUCUUUGCAAGGGCAACUGGAGGACAAAAUGAGGAUUCCUUUAGAGUUGAUGUGGACUCCUUAUUUGAGUCAUUUGCUCGCAUGCUAAACAUGAACCUUGAAAAUAUUGAGGCUUCUCAGAUGACUCUGUUGGAACACCUGCAAGGAACAUGUGAUCAACUGAGUAGAGUGUUGACUCCAGGGGAAGUGGCCAAUCAUAUCAAUACUUUAUUUAAUGCAACUCCUGUGGAGUCAUCAAGAGUGAUUACAAGAGCCAAACUUCAUGCAAUGAAAAAUGCUGUCAACUCAACAAUUUUUGAUGAUGAUGAGGGUCGAGAGCUGCUGCUGCAAACCAUCUGUACUCACUUAAGACAACACCUGGACAACAGACAGGAGCUGACCCUUUGUGCUGAUGUUCUGCAGGAUAUCAUUAUUCUCACUCAUAAACACACCAAAAGAUUUCCUUCUAGUAAGCUACCAGCUACACUCCAUCAAGAUAUUGAAGAGAUAAUGCUGAACUUGUUCAAUGUUUUAGUUCAAGUUAUAUUAACUUUGGAGAGAUCUGCACCUAGCUCAGGCGCAAGUACUUUAAAACCAGAAGCGAUGGGUCUAGCAAGUACUUUAAAACCAGAAGCGAUGGGUCUAACGCAGCUUCUCUCAGCCUUGAAGACCACUUUUGUCCCAACACAAGCCUCGCUAGUCUUGGGCAGCUUGUGUGUCAACCUUUCCGUGCAGGAUGACAUUCGGGGAUCUUUGGUAGCCUCCCUCAUGGGCAUCCUACAGCUGAUGCGGGAACCUCAUUACACCAAACUGUGGGAUGCUCACAUGAUCUCAGGAAUACACCACCUCCGCCAUCUCCUCCACUCAACCAUUGUUUUGUUGGCUGACCUUGUACGGGCUGCUGUCUUUCCAAGUGAUUGGUUUGUCAUGCGCAUGGUCACCAAUUACACCAUUCUUGCAGCCAUGCAAGAAAUUGCACAACCUCUCAUUGCCACUUUCUUAAAGCAAGGAAGAUUUGAUAAUCAGCUCUGGAGCAGUUACUUGAAUCUAGCUGUUGGAUUUCUAACACAACCUUGCCUGCAGCUGGAACAGUUUUCUCAACAAAAGCGACAUAAAGUAUUAGAACGUUACAAUGAUAUGAGAGUUCUGAUGGGAUUUCAAAUUCUUUCUAUGUGGCGUGAAUUAGAUGAUCACCGGCUUCACUUCAUCCCUGGCAUGGUUGGUCCAUUUCUAGAAGUGACUCUGGUACCAGAACCAGAGCUGAGGAAGGCCACUUUGCCGAUCUUUUUUGACAUGAUGCAGGCUGAGCAGCAGGCAAAGGGUAGCUUUAAACAGGUUGAAACAGAGCUUAUCGAUAAGCUGGAUAUUCUAGUGAGUGAGAACAAGGGUGAUGAUGAAUACCGCCAGCUGUUCAACACAAUUCUGUUAGAGAAAGUACGUUCAGAUGACCCAGUGUGGCGGGAGAGUGGCACAGCUUUCAUCAACUCAGUGACGCGACUGCUGGAGAGGCUGCUUGACUACCGUAAUGUUAUGCAGGGUGACGAGAAUUGUGACAAGAGGAUGAGCUGUACGGUGAAUCUUUUGAAUUUCUACAAGAAUGAGAUCAACCGACAAGAAAUGUAUAUACGGUACAUUUAUAAGUUACAUGACCUGCACGUCCCGGCUGGUAACUUCACCGAGGCAGCAUUCACUCUACAGCUGCAUGCCAACCAGCUGUCUUGGACACAGCGGAUGCUCCAUGCAGACCACCUCUAUCAAGCACAGACAGAGACACAGAGGAAGGAAUUGAUAUAUAUGAAAAUCAUCAACUAUUUUGAUAAGGGAAAGUGCUGGGAGCAAGGCAUUCCUCUGUUGGAGGAGCUAGCCAAUCAAUAUAGGACCUGCCUCUUUGACUACCAGAAACUAAGUGAGGUGCUAAGACGACAGGCCUCAUUCUACGAGAAAAUCCUGAGUGGCAAGCGCUAUGAUCAUGAGUACUUUCGAGUUGGAUUUUAUGGUCUUGGACUUCCACUUUUCGUUCGAAAUAAAGUCUUCAUAUAUCGAGGGCUAGAAUAUGAGCAGAUUGGCACCUUUACCCAACGAAUCCAGACAGAAUUCCCACAGGCAAAGAUGUUAUCUCACAACACCCCUCCUGAUGAUACAAUACGAUCCUCAGAUGGACAAUAUAUCCAGAUAUGUGCAGUGAAAGCCUUGCCAGAGAUCAACCCGCUGUUUGAUGGUGUGGAGGUGGAUGAACGGAUCCUCAAGUAUUAUUCCAAUAACCAUGUCCGCCAGUUUGUGUAUGACAGGCCGACUCACAGAGGUCCUGCAGAUAAGGAAAAUGAGUUCAAGAAUUUGUGGAUAGAAAGAACUACCUACACUACAGAAUUUGAGUUGCCUGGCAUUCUAAAAUGGUUUGAGGUUGUGGAUCAGAGGAUGGAACAGCUCUGCCCUCCACAGUAUGCCUGUGAGACAGUAGACAGGCACAACAAGCAACUUAAACAAAUUAUAAUACACUACCGAGCUAAUCCUCAGGAUAACAUCCAGCUCUUCACCAUGAGACUGCAGGGUACAAUAGAUGCUGCAGUCAAUGGAGGUAUUGCCAAGUACCAGGAUGCCUUCUUUGGGCCAGAUUACCUUGUGGUUUACCCUGAAAAUGCUGACCAUGUUAACAGGCUCAAGGUUCUUUUAUCAGAUCAGACAAUGAUCCUUGAAGGUGCCUUAGAUCUUCAUGGUAGAAUUGCUCCAUCAGCCAACCAACCACUACACAAACGUCUUGUUGAGGUGUUUGAGGGGUUGAGGAGUAAAGUACGAAAGAUGUGUUCCACACCUCAGUCUCAGCGGUCCACCUCCUCCCUGCAGUCCACACCUCCGCCCCCACCCACUCACCGACGUGCUGACUCAGACCCUGCCACUGAGUUCAGGAGAACAGGCUCAAUCAUCAAUUCUCCACUUCCUCCAUUACCAUCUGACAAAGGUGCAAUUAGCUUAAGUUCUUCCUCCACUUCGGGACACUCUUCGCAGCGGUCCUCUCAGUCCUCAUCACUGUAUGCCCACUUCCAGUCAGGCUCUCAUGAUGAUGAUAUCUAUGCCAAACCUCAGGAAUGGGAUGGAAACCUGGGAGUACAACGAGACUCCCGGCCACGUUCAGCCUUCAUCUCGGACAGCAGAGGUUCUUCACCAAAGUCACUCUCAAAGUCACUUAAUAAUGACUACAUGAUUGUCCCUCCACCUAAGCUCAGUGAUGAGGCCCAUAGGUGGCGAUACUCCCGCCCUCCUAGUCCCCGUACUGCCCGGAGCUCUAUCACUCAAGACUCAGCAAACUCCUUGUGGUGUGACUCACAGGGUUCUGAUGAGUCAUUACCUCCGCUUCCCCCAAGAGUCGGGGAGCGGCCAGCCAGGUCUAUAAGUCUUGGUGGAGAAGAAGAAGCACCUCCUCCUGUGCUUCCCAAGAGGAUGGGCAAGAAGUGUCCAUCGACUGCCAUGUUUGGGUGUGAGCAACUCCUGGGUGAUGGUGUGGAUGGACUCGGCUAUAGUGGCGGUGGCCUUAGUAACGGCUUUCCUGCCUCCACCCCUGGCACCCCUCCGCUGGUCUCCCCACGCAAUCAUCGCACCCCACCACCACCACCCAUACCCCCUAAAGCCAUUUCAACUCCUCUUACACCACUCUCUCCACCCACCGGCUUCUCCCCUAAUACUUCAGCUGAAGAUCUAACUCCAACCACACCAACUAAUAUAAACCUAAGGAAUCUUGAUGAACUGCAUCACAACCUUCUUGAGAACUACUCUGUACCACCCCGUCUGCAGCCUCCUCCUCCUCCCUCUCCAUGAAAGUGUUAGAAUUCCAGUGGUCUUAUUGUUCUCUUCUUCCCUUACAUUCCUACAUAUGUUCAUAACUACUUCUUGAUGCACAUUUUUUUCUUUUUUUUUUCUUUUUUCAAAUUGUUAAAAAUUUUUGUUAAUCUUUUAUAGCUUUAUUUCUUAAGAUAAUAUUUUGUUUAGUGUGCUACUUUUUCCUAUAAACUGAAUUGAAAUAUUAUCACCUCAGCACACUAGUUAUUUAUUGAAUUUAGUAUUUAUGGAUACAGUAUGUGGACUAAGCUAUUUUAAGGUACUGAAAUAUUUUUUUUUUCCUGCAUUUCUAUUAUGGAUUAGAGAAUGGGCUUGUUCAUUUCUGAAGAUUCAACUUGCACAUCAGAAAUCAUCAUAUAGGAUAAUAUAUUCUUACUUGCUUACAAUUUGUACAGAAAACCAGUAAGUUAUUUGCUAAUUAUUUACAAAAGUGUUUGUGAAAAUAUUCAGGAAAAUAGCACAAUCAUUUACUGAUUAUUUACGUAAACAUUUUCAAAAUUAAAAAAAACAAAACAUAAUCAUUCCCUGAUACUCCUCAUAACAAAUGAUCACUCAGCCAUGCACAAUUACUAUCAGUCUGUAUAUAUAUAUAUAUAUAUAUAUAUAUAUAUAUAUAUAUAUAUAUAUAUAUAUAUAUAUAUAUAUAUAUAUGUAUAUAUAUAUAGACACACACACACACACACACACACACACACACACACACACACACACACACACACACACACACACACACACACACACACACACGGGCGGAGCGGAGAAUGUUGCGCGGUCUCCUCACACCCGCGCCCCUGUCCACCCAGCAGUGAGUGGGUACCGAGUGUUAGUCGGGGGUUGUGUCCCGCCUCUCGGGGUGGCGGCCUGGCACCUGCCGCGGCGUGUAGCUGAAGGGUGCAAACCCGUGAUCCCCAAAACCCUGCUUCGGCCAAACCACAA